AUGAAGGCUUUCAUUGCACUCUGUUUUUUAUUCGUUUGUGUUUAUUCUUCACGAACAUUUGAUGCAACAUUAGAUUCAACAUGGGCUUUAUACAAACGUACCUAUGAAAAACAAUAUGCAUCAAGUGCAGAAGAAUCGAAACGUCGAUCAAUUUGGGAAGAUCACGUUGCUCUUAUUAAAAAACAUAAUCUUGAAGCUGAUCUUGGUUUACAUACUUAUACAUUGGGAAUGAAUAAAUAUGCUGAUUUAACUAAUCAAGAAUUCGUCAAACAAAUGAAUGGUUUUCGUCGUCCUUCAAAUCUUAGUUUUCCUCAAACUUGUGAUACAGAAUAUGUUGCUCCAUCAAACUUCAAAAGACCAGAUAGUGUUGAUUGGCGUCCAAAAGGCUACGUAACACCAAUAAAAGAUCAAGGUCAAUGUGGUUCAUGUUGGGCUUUUUCAACAGUUGCUGCACUCGAAGGACAAACCUUUGCCAAAACAGGAAAACUUAUUUCACUUUCUGAACAAAACUUAGUUGAUUGUUCAACUUCCUAUGGUAAUCAAGGAUGUAAUGGUGGUUUAAUGGACCCUUCGUUCCAAUACAUCAGAGACAAUAAAGGUAUUGACACUGAAGAUAGCUAUCCAUAUGAAGGUAAAGAUGGUAAAUGCCGAUUCAAUGCUGCAAAAGUUGGCGCUACAGAUACUGGAUGUACAGACAUUAAAGCACAGAGUGAAGAUGAUUUACAAGAUGCAAUUGCCACAGUUGGUCCAAUUUCAGUUGCUAUUGAUGCUUCGCAUACAUCAUUUCAACUCUAUAAAUCGGGUGUUUAUAUUGAACCAUUUUGUUCAGCAACACAACUUGAUCAUGCUGUUUUAGCUGUUGGUUAUGGUAAACAAGGUACACAUGAUUAUUAUAUUGUCAAAAAUUCAUGGGGCACCUCGUGGGGUAACGACGGUUACAUCUUGAUGGCUCGUAACAGAAAUAACCAAUGUGGUAUUGCUACCAAUGGUAGUUUUCCAAAAGUUUAA